AUGGCGUUAUUUCGGAAGCUGAUGGCGAACGACGUCGAAUGCAGUUUGAGCGGAUUCAUUGUGAAUGGAUUCCAAGUUCAUCCUUACUACUACAACUGCAGCACUAUUUCUGAUCCGUUCGCAAUCGGAGAGAAAAGACCGUUCCUUGGAAUAUAUUUCAUUGCUUCCGGACUUAUUUUAAUGACAACUUAUAUUCCAUGUCUCAUUGUGAUUGCCUGCAGCGAUUUGAUGAGAAGCUCGUGCUACAAGAUCAUGAUGUACUUGGGAUUUGUGGAUCUCGUCUGUAUUAUGGUGAACUCGUUAGCAACUGGAUACCUCGGAUUCGUAGGUGCAACGUUUUGCUCAUAUCCUAGAGCAAUCUUCGUGUUCGGAUCACUUGGAUGUGGUGGAUGGAUCGGAGCCUGUGCGACCUGCAUCCUCCUCGCCGUCAACCGUUGUUGCGACAUCAACCAUCGGAUUCCAUUUCGAGAGAUGUUCCGCGGAAACACCGUUUUCAUUCUAAUGGUCAUUCCACUUGUCAUCACAGUCUAUGCCGUCUUCUUCACCAAACCCGUCUUAUUCAACUCCAAUUAUAUGAGUUGGUUCUUCACACCAUUCACGGGAUUAGAAUUGGAGAGUUAUGUGAAUCUUGCCCACACAACUACCAACUGCGUCGUCUCGCUCGCGACCACCUCCAUCUAUGUCUAUUUGUGCUUGUUCAUCCGCCACAGUGCGCGACAUUCGCAUUCUGAAGCUCUGUCCAAAACUCAAAAGCAGGUGCUCGUUCAAUCAUCGAUAAUCUGCUCAUUCAAUGCAAUCGCCGCUUACAUCUACGUCUACAUGCAAUUCUUCCCAGCCCCGCCCCUUGUAAUCCUGAUUGGUCAGAUUGCUUGGCAAUGGAGUCACGGAUCAGUCGGUAUUGUCUACAUUACAAUGAACAAGACGAUCCGCAGAAAAGUUAUCGAUUUGAUAAUUCCACAUUUUAUUCGCCAACGUCUUCAUAUUGGCACGUUCGAAGUGAUUUCUCAAAAAACCGCAGUCAGCUCUGUUCGAAAAAUUGCAACGACCAGUGGCUCUUCAAACUUCUAA